CGGUCAUCCGCCCGCCUGCGGGCUCUGCGCGCCCCAGUCGCCGGGUGGGGAGACGCCUCGACGUCGGUCUCCGCGCUGGCGCCGUAGCGACAAGCGCGCACGGGCCGGGCCUACGGGCUGUUGGCGAUGCCUCGGAGUUCGCCUGGGGCCAGGCGUCGGCCAGGGCCGUUUUGCUGCCAUGGAGCCCGUCGGCUUGGGACGGGGCAGGCAACAUGGCUGCCCUCCGGCCCCUGGUGAAGCCCAAGAUCGUCAAAAAGAGGACCAAGAAGUUCAUCAGGCACCAGUCAGACCGAUAUGUCAAAAUCAAGCGAAACUGGCGGAAACCCAGAGGUAUUGACAACAGGGUUCGGAGAAGAUUCAAGGGCCAGAUCCUGAUGCCCAACAUUGGUUAUGGGAGCAACAAGAAAACUAAGCACAUGCUGCCCAGCGGCUUCCGGAAGUUUCUGGUCCACAAUGUCAAAGAGCUGGAGGUGCUGCUGAUGUGCAACAAGUCUUACUGUGCUGAGAUUGCUCACAAUGUGUCCUCCAAGAACCGGAAAGCCAUCGUAGAAAGAGCAGCACAGCUGGCCAUCAGAGUGACCAAUCCCAACGCCAGGCUGCGCAGUGAAGAGAAUGAGUAGAUGGCUUGUGUCCGUGUUUUAUUUGUGUUUAAAAUAAAACCACAAAAACUGCCAUCUUGAUAA